AUGGCUGCAAUCAACGGACACAUCCAUGAUCCUGAGCAUAACGGACGACUUGACGAUGCCGAGCUCCUCGCUUCCAAGGCGGAUGCUUCCCAUGAGGAGCGUAUGCACUGGGCGGCUCUGACGGACGAGGAGAAGAUCACCGAGAAGAAACUCCGCAUCAAAAUCGACUGUCUGAUUAUGCCGCUUGUUAUUUUGAUCUAUUUGAUGAAUUACAUAGAUCGCAACAACUAUGCCGCUGCACGACUUCAGGGCUUGGAGAGAGACUUGAAACUCACUGGUGAUCAAUACCAAGUCGGAUUGAGCAUUCUUUUCGUCGGAUAUGUCUUGAUGCAAGUCCCAUCGAAUCUCCUUCUCAACUAUACCGGCCGACCAUCACUAUACAUCGGAUUCUUCACUAUUGCAUGGGGACUGGUUAGUGCAUGCACAAGCCAAGUCAAGACAUACGGAGAAAUCGUGGCUUGCCGCUUCAUACUGGGUCUUGUUGAGGCCCCAUUCUUUGCCGGGGUACUGUUCUUCCUCUCCAAAUGGUAUAAGAAGGAAGAACUAUCAUUGCGCAUGGCUAUUUUCUACUCUGGCUCGCUCAUUUCAGGAGCUUUCGGCAACCUUAUUGCAGCAGGAAUACUCUCCGGCCUCGACGGAGCCAGAGGGCUUAGCGCUUGGCAAUGGCUCUAUAUCGUCGAAGGCGCUAUCACUUGUUUCUUUGGCCUGUUGGUUUGCCUAGUACUGCCGGAUUUCCCAGAUACCUGGAAAGCACUAUCCCCAGAGAUGAAACGAGUCGCCAACAGGAGACUCGCGAUCGAUGCCGCAGAGGCCGAUGUUGAUGACGCAGGUGCGAUGAGUCAAAUCCGUGGCAUGAAGCUCGCAUUCCUCGAUCCCAAAACCUACGUCCUCGCCCUCGCGUACCACGCCAUCACCGGCGCCGCUGGGUUUCAAAACUUCUUUCCAACGCUGACGCAGACUCUGGGCUACUCCCGGACUAUUUCUCUCCUCCUGGUUGCUCCGCCAUAUAUCUUCAUCGUAUUCUGGUCGCUGUCUCACAGCUUUAUGUCUGACCGCCUUGGCAACAGGUUUUGGUUCUUCAUGUAUCCGGUACCUGUGACGAUCGUGGGAUUCGUGAUCUUUAUGACCACGAAUUCGUUCGGACCUCGGUACUUCAGCUUCUUUUUGAUGAAUUUCGUGUUCACAAUGAACGGGACGUGCUAUGCCUGGAUCAGUAACGCCAUUCCACGCCCUCCAGCAAAGCGAGCGGCCGCGCUAGCAUUUAUCAAUGCCUUUGGAAAUGCUGCAUCCAUCUGGACACCGUUUACAUACUACACAGGGCAAGGGAACCAUUACCCGGUGGCUUUGGGUAUCUGUAUUGGACUGCAGGUACUCGCCGCUUGCAUGGGCCUUCUGCUGCGUUUUAUCCUUCAGCGUCAAAAUAAACGUCUGGAGAGGCUGGAGGACGAGAAUGCCCAGUUGAGUGAUCGAGAGAUGGCCAAGUUACGGAAGACGGCAGAGUUUGAGGGGAUCGACAUUGCGACAGCUAGGAAGAUGCAGAAGGGCUAUCGUUUCAUGAUCUGA